AUCGAUGCUUGCAAAAAUUUAAAACAUCGAUGCUUAUCCACCUCUACUCUAGCGGAUGCAUAAAAAUAAAAACUAGCGUUCCGUUUUUAUUUCCAUCGGCCUGAGCGCUGCCCCAAAUCCAUUUCCGAUUGUCAAUCCGGAGAUCCGAACAACCAGGUGGGGCGACCACUCGAGAUAGCUCGACCGCUCGUGGAUGUGAGCGGAGCAAGGGGAGGAAUUCCAAAAGUCCAAAGGAUCCAAACGCAGCCGACUUGCCAAGCUGCAGAUUCCAAAUCCAACGGAGGAGGAGAAGCCGCCAUGAAUGCGCUGCGGCAGUUCUACCUGGAGAUCCCGGUGGUCACACGGGCCUACACCACGGUCUGUGUGCUGACCACAUUGGCGGUGCAUCUGGACCUAGUGUCGCCACUCCAGCUGUACUUCAAUCCCACGCUGAUCGUUCGCAAGUUCCAAAUCUGGCGCCUGGCCACCACAUUCCUGUACUUCGGCACCAUCGGCAUUAGCUUUUUCUUCAAUAUGGUGUUCACAUAUCGCUAUUGCCGCAUGCUGGAGGACGGCUCUUUUCGCGGACGCAGCUCCGACUUUGUCAUGAUGUUCAUCUUUGGCGGCGUACUGAUGACCUUCUUCGGAAUUUUCGUCAACCUACUGUUUUUGGGCCAGGCCUUUACACUGAUGCUGGUCUAUGUGUGGUCACGCCGGAAUCCACUGGUGCCGAUGAACUUUUUCGGCGUUCUCAACUUCCAGGCGCCCUACCUGCCUUGGGUACUGCUUUGCUGUUCCACGAUCCUUGGCAACACCGUGUGGGUGGACGUCAUCGGCAUGGGCGUUGGCCACAUCUACUUUGUGCUCGAGGAUGUCUAUCCUACGAUUUCCAACGGCUAUAGACUGAUCAAAACCCCCUAUUUUCUGAAACGCCUCUUUAAUGAGCACAUUGAGCGCAAUUACCAAGCGCCCGCUGAGGAUCGUCCUGGCGGCUUUCCCUGGGGCGACGAAGGUCAACCGCUGCUGCCGGAGCAGAAUGUAGCCGGAGAACAGGACCAGGAACCGGUGAAUCAAGCGCCGCCGGCUGCAGCUGCGCCGCAAUAACAAAACUAAAACACUUGAUUGUAAAAACGUCUUUCUGUUCAAAACGACGACGACGACAACAAUGUUGUGUACCCCUCCGCCACCUUCCGUUUUGGUGCUUGGUGUAAUUAGGCGUAUAGUAUUUGAGAGGAAAAGAGAGAGGCGUGCAAUAGUUAGCCAAAGUUGGUGCAGACCGUGUGUGUAUGUCAUUUAUUAGUUUGUUUUCUAAUGCAAUGCCCAAUUUCCACGCGAGAUGUUCUUUAAAUUCAAAUUUUAGCCCCAAGGGAUGCAUCCACGACAGAUUAAACCUACACUGCACAUGUGAUGAUAUAUACAAAUAUGCUACAAAUAAACCAUGAUGUAAAAAGCC